AUGCCUGCCGAUUCAGUUAUUGUAGCGGAGGAAAAGACAGAAGAAGUCCUCUUCCAAAGCCUAACAGACAGGUCAAAGCAUGAGGACUUUUUGCGACGCGCUGUGGAUUUUUUGAUGGAGAGAGUGGUCUUCGCAAGAUCCAAUCGAUCAUCGAAGGUUGUGGAAUGGGCUGCGCCUGAGGAUAUUAAGAAGAUUAUAGAUUUAAAGCCUCGAGAAGAACCUGUUUCUCAUGAGCAACUGUUGACGUUUAUGGCUGAUGUAGCUCGUUAUUCGGUAAAUACGGCGCAUCCGUAUUUCGUAAACCAACUCUUCUCUUCCGUGGAUCCAUACGGUCUUAUUGGACAGUGGUUGACAGAUGCUCUUAACCCCAGCGUGUAUACCUUUGAAGUGGCCCCAGUCUUCACCUUAAUGGAGGAAGAAGUUUUGAAAGAAAUGAGAAAGAUUGUUGGGUGGGCGGAUGGAGAUGGAAUUUUUUGCCCUGGAGGCUCUAUUUCCAAUGGUUAUGCUAUCAGCUGCGCGCGAUUUCACCAGUUUCCACAGAUCAAGACGAAAGGCGUAUACUCAGUACCAAACCUGGUAUUAUUUACAUCCGAGUUGGCACAUUAUUCUACUAAGAAGUUAUCUUCGUUCAUGGGAAUUGGUAGUGACAAUUGUGUUACAGUUAAAUCAGAUAAAUAUGGCAAAAUGGACGUUGUCGACUUGGAAACAAAGAUCACAGGUGCCAUAAACAAAGGUUCAACGCCAUUUAUGGUGACCGCCACCUCUGGAACAACUGUGUUCGGAGCGUUCGAUCCUUUAAUCCCAAUAUCCAGUAUUUGCAAAAAGUACGGGAUUUGGUUACAUGUUGAUGCGGCCUGGGGAGGCGGAGCUCUGAUGUCAAGAAAACAUAGACAUCUUUUAAAAGGAAUCGAGUUAGCAGAUUCAGUAACCUGGAAUCCACAUAAAUUAUUAGCAGCUCCGCAGCAGUGUUCCACAUUCCUAACCCGACACAAGAACGUACUUGCCCAGGGCCACUCGUCGAACGCUCAGUACCUUUUCCAAAAAGACAAAUUCUACGACACGUCCUACGACACUGGCGACAAACAUAUCCAAUGCGGAAGGCGAGCGGACGUCCUUAAAUUUUGGUUCAUGUGGAAAGCGAAAGGAAGUGAAGGGUUCGAAAAGCAUAUCGAUAAACUUUUUGACAACGCUGACUACUUCCUACAGCAUAUUAGACAUCGUGAGGGAUUCAAAUUAGUUCUUGACAAACCAGAAUGUACCAAUAUUAUGUUUUGGUACGUACCGAGGUACCUUCGUGGUUGUGAAAAUGACCCUGACUAUAACGAAAGAUUACAUAAGGUCGCGCCGAAAAUCAAAGAGAAAAUGAUCAAGGAAGGUUCUAUGAUGGUCACGUACCAGCCGCAAGGAACGCUUGUAAAUUUCUUUCGCAUCGUUUUCCAAAAUUCAGCCUUGGACCACAAAGAUAUGGUCUACUUUGCUAAUGAGUUCGACCGUCUUGGCUCAGAUAUAAUUGUUUAA